AUGUUCCCCUGGUCAGCAGUUUUUUCUCUGGAGCCGAAGGUGCCUGGACAGCGUACGGCAGAAGAACUAGUCACCAAUACUCUGAUGCUGGAGCUGGGUGCCAUGGUGAAGCGCACUGAACGUAUCCGCCUGGAGAGGGUGACACAAGAGGGCCGGCGCCGACGCAGCUCCUCCUCUGCUGACUACAGAUGGCUGGCCACUGCCCCCACCCACCAACCCUACGAGCUGACCCCCCGAGACCUGAUAGAACUGCAGGACCUGUGUGCCAGGGUGCCACCAUCUCAGUGUGGCCCUGUCAUUGUCAGGUUCAGGAAUCUGGUGACAAAGACAGAGCCGGAGGUUUACGAGGUGGCUCGUCUGUUCCGCACGGUUCUACGUGACUGUGUGGAGGGAGAAGAGGAGAACGAGGAGAUGAGAACGAGGUCAGCCGGCUAUGACAAACAACGCAGCAAGAGCCUCUCCUUUGUAACCUUCCGCUCCAAGUUCCGCCCCGCACCCUUCAGGGGCGUGGGCCUGGGUGGGUCGCGCGGCAACCUGCAGGAGGAGUCAAACUGGUACGAGGAAGAGGUGGAGGAGCAGGAGGGAGCAGCGAAUGUGGCGAGAGCAGCCAGGAAGGGGAGGAGCAUGAGCAUGCCUGACAUCACCCCCAUCGAACAGAGUGCACUUGGCUGAGAGAGGGAGGGACAACUGCUGAUGUACAAAAGGGCUUUAUAGAAUACAUCUGAUUGAUUGAGGAAGGGAGGAAUGGGACAAAGAAAGGAAUGUCGAGAAAAGAAAGUCAAAUAUGUCUCAAGAUGAGACAUGCAAC